AUGGAAACUUCAAAUGGUUUAUCAAACUUGAGAAACUCUCAACACACAGGGAUACCGCCUAUAUUGCCCCCAAAAAGAACAUCUGAAGCUGAAUGUUCCUCCCAUUCAAUUGCUGAAUUUGAAGGAUUCUCAGAGGCCAAAGAGAGACUACGGGGCCACCAACGUGCAUAUUCUGAUAGCAUGCUAAGUGAGGAAGUACCCUCUUGGUUGAAAGAACUCCUUGAUGAGCCAGUCUCUCCACUAUGCAAGAGUCAUCGACGAUCAUCAAGUGACUCUAUAGCCUACUUACAAUUACAAAUAACAGCUAAGGAAACUGAAAGCAAGGAACACAAGAGCAAACAGACUUUUAGUUCAACUAACACUUGUUAUGUUACAUUUCCAACUUCAGUCACUCCACAAGAUGAAGACGUCAAACAAUCACACAUGUCUGUAAAACAAAAUGUGCCAGACUCAGAAGGCUCCUUUGUUCAGCAUCGUUCCUUACAUUCCAAUCCUUAUGCAACCAAACCAGAUUCAAAACGUGUCAAAAGUUUGUUGCUUCUAGAAGCUAUGAGACCCACUGGAAGGGUUCAGAACAAUGACAUUUGUUACCGGCAUUCGGCUCAACAAAACCGGGCCAGGAAAGUACAAUACAUUGCUGAACUGGAAAGAACUAUCCAAGUUUUGCAGGCAGAAGGAUAUGGAGUUUCAGCAGAUCUUGAAUUUCUUGAUCAGCAAAAUCUCAUAUUAGGUAUGGAGAAUAGGGCCCUCAAACAACGGUUGGAUAGUUUAUCCCAAGUGCAUUUCAUCAAAUGCUUGGAGCAGGAAAUGCUUGAGAAAGAAAUCACAAGGCUUAGAAAUCUUUAUCAACAGCAACAACAGCACAACCAGCAGCAGCUGAAGCAUUAUGGUAGGCCUCGAUCUAAAAGCCAAGAUUUUGAUUCCUCAUUUGCAAAACUUUUGAAGCAUAAGGGAGCUGAAUUGCCGAAAGCCAAUAGUUUUCUGUUGAAAAGUGAUAUUCAUGAAUUCACACUGUGA